GUUUAUGAGGUGUUUGUGUCUGUGCCUUUCCACCUGUCUAUGAAACCAGAACUGCCUUAAAGAAAAUCAAGAGCUUGACAUGUUGAUGGUGGUGUAUAGAAAAGGAUAAAGGGGGCCCGGCACUGACUUCUGCAACACCCGUUUUUAGAAGAGGACAGAGACCCAGCUGCCAAACACCUUCUCAGGUACCUAACAACUCUGAACUCUGACCUGUGAAGGGGAAGGUCUCUAAAGUAGAGGGGACUUGAGAAAAAUCUGAGGGCUAGUGUGGGUAUAGCAGCGGGAUCCAUGCUUUAAGGGUUAAAGCCAGAGGUCAGCUCUGGGUAAGAAAUUGCCCAGGUAGGAGAUGGGGUCAGAUCCAGAGAAAGGCAGGACAGGCAUGAGGCUGUAACUGUUUCUAGAAACUUAAAAAUAUAAUGAAGGACCAUAGAGUUUACCUCCCAGUUCCUGCAGGAUGCAAUGCCGUGUACACAGUCAGUCUCUUAUUUAUUUAGACCUUUCCCUUCCUGUUCUUGCUGGGUUUUCAAGCUAGAACAUGAAUAUCCUUAAUCAAUGUCAUUCCCCCCUAGGUCCAUGCAAACGUUGCCUUCUAUCCUCUUGCAUGCUUUAGUUAUCUCUUUUUAUGGAGAGGGGCAGGUUUCCAGACAGGGUUUCCUUAUGUAGCCUGGGCUGUCCUAGAGCAACCUCUGUAGAUCAGGCUGGACUCAAACUCCAAGAGAUCAACCUGCCUCUGCCUCCCGAAUGCUGGGGAUUAAUGGGGUGCAUCACUAUUGCCUGGCUAUAUAUUCGAUUUUAAUUUAAGAGUUUUCAAGUAAGCUCUUGCCCUGUAGCCCAGUCUGACACAGAACACAAGGUCCUCCUGCAUCAGGUCUCCUCCAUGCUGACAACAUCGGCUUAUUUUUGUUUCAGUGUAGGAUCUUGGAUAUUGAGGGCAGAUAUAGAGCAGGGGGGAUGGAGAGUGGGGAGGAGGGAGGGAAGUGGGAUGGGGUGAAAGAAAGAAAACACAACAAUGUGGAUGUUUAUAUUGAGGUCCAAGGUGUUAGCUACCCAGAUUUCUAGGGGAAUUUUAAUUAGCAGACACAAAUUCCAGUUCCUACUGGGGCAGAAGUGCCCUCACUAUGGGCUGUGAGGGUAUCGGUGCCAGGGACUGAGGCUGUACCUAGCUGUCCCAUGGGGAAGUGGACAGCAGUCUUGUGAGAGACAGACAUUUGGAUCAACCACUCUGAGGAACCAGAGAGGGGAGAAGUGAAUUGAAAAACCACUCCAGGCUGGCUGAGCCAUGUGUCCUGAGUGAGAAAGUCUCUGUGCUGACAGAUUCCUUCUGCUGGCUCUGGCAUCUGAGAUUUCUCAGACUUGCUGCCUUCAAAAUAGAGCUCUGAAGCCUACGUUUUAAGACAAGAAAGGAGACUGGAGGGAAAGCUCAGCUGUUAAAUGCACUGACUGCUCUUCCAGAGGUCCUGAGUUCAAUUCCCACCAACCACAUGGUGGCUCACAACCAUCUGUAAUGGGAUCUGAUGCCCUCUUCUGCUGUGUCUGAAGACACCUACAGAGUACUGAUAUAAAUAAAAUAAGUACAUCUUUAAAAAUUUUGUAAAAGACAAGAAAGUGGUAGUUCUAGCUAAGGGUGAAGGAAGAACUCGAAAGUGGAGAUGUGCCCUGUGCAAAGGGCCUUCACUUUCACUCCCCAGCUGAUCUCUGCUGCAUAUUUUGAACAUGCGUUUUAAUGAUGUGUUUCUACCUAUCUUUAUUUCUCUAUUUAUCAUAUAUUUCUAUCUACUUAUUUAAUUAUCACCUAUCCAGCCAGUCAUCUAUCUACCCGACUGCUACCUGACAUGUACUCUUUUACUUUGGCUUUCUUUAUAUUUGAAUUAAUUCAAAACCUCGUGUAUGGCUAUCAUAGAUCGUUCUCAAGACUAUACAAAUGAGCAAUAAUGUGCUAUUUUUCUUUGGUUCAAAGAGGCAGAAAGCCAUCCCUUCCCCAACAUUUACCCAGGCUCUCCCAAGGAGCUCAGUGGCCCAAGAGCAGCAUCUGUGGCUGAGGAGGGGACAGAAGCAAGUUUGGGGCUUCAUCUGCUCUGGUGACAGUAGAGAUUCCGGGACAGCUGGUUGGUCUCUCCUGCACCCCUCCCUGGAAACCUACACAUAGCCUCCAUAGAUCAAAUAGCAAGCAAAGGCCUUCUCAAAGGCUUAGUGACAGACUGUCUCAGGUAAAUAUAAUAUGGGGGACAAUAGACCUGACAUUAGCCUCUGGCUUCCAUAUGCUCAUGUAUCUGUGAGCAUACUGUGCACACGUUUUAAGACAAACAUACAUUUUAAGACAAGAAAGGGGUGGUUGUAGUUGAGGCUAGAGAAAGAGCUGGAAUGAGGUGAUGUGCCCUGUGUAAAGAGGCUUCAUUCUCUAUGGAGGUGCUCAUCGGGAAGGUGCUUGCCUGGAUUGCAUAACGUUCUGCGUUUGAGCCUCAGCACCAGUCAGUUGGAACCUUAUGCUGUGCAGCACUUACUGAAAGCAACCUGUGGUUUGUGGAGAGGGCUCAGUGGUUAAGAGCGUGUACGUGCUCUUGUAGGGGGAUCAGAGUUCAGUUCCAUCACCCAUGUUAGGUGUUUCACAAGGGCCUGUAUCUCCAACUACAGAGGAUCUGACACGUCUCUCCUCAGAGGACAACUGCAUUCACGUACACAUACCACCACCACCAUCCCUCCAGAUAUACAUACAUAUUCAUUACUAAAAAUUAGGAAAAAGAAUUCUUUAUUUAAAAAAAAGAAAACUGAAAAAUUAGUAAGAAGCCCAUUAGAAAUACCAAACACAUGACCUUCAGACCGAGGACUACAAAUUCCUCUUGAUGACGGGUUUCCAGAGAACUUCUUAUACAACCAAACUUUAGGAACCACAAUAAGGGAAUGUAAGUGGCUCCCGUCUGUACAUGAGGCCGGGAACUCGCCUGUGUGUCUAUUGCUGUCCAGAGCUUAAGCAUACCAUUGUUAUUGUUUUAGAGUCUCAUUACACCCCAAAGGGGCCGGGGACUUGGGAUGCUUCCAAAGGCUGAGAUCCCAGAUGUGUGGCCAUAUCUGGUUUAUCCAAGAGAAUUUGGGAAGGAAGGCUGGAGUCUUGGGACUCCUUAAAAAGGGCAUGUGAAGCUUCACAGUUUUGCUUGAAGCUAAAAGAAAUUGAUAGAACAUUGCAAUUGAUGAAAAAUGAUUUAGUUGUUUCUCUAUAGAGAGAAUACAAAUAUCCAGUAUCUCAGUGGCAUAAUUAAAAUUCCAACAGUCAAUUGAGGAUUUUGGGAGUGAUGUAAUCAAGGUAUAGGCUGAUAAAAAUAUUAAAUUAAUAGUUUUUGUAAUUACGUGUCAGAUACAUUAUUUGUUGUAUUAAUUUUUUUUAUUUGGUCUUAAGACAGAGUCUCUCCUGCAGCGUCUGUCUGUCUGUCCCGGAGCUUUGUAUGUACAUCAAGGCAGCCUGGUGCUCACUGAGAUCCAUCUAUGUCUGCCUUCUGAAUGCUGGGAUUAAAAGUAUGCCCCAUCCGACCCGGCACGAUUGUCUUGUUUUGAGACCAGGAUCACAUAUAGCCUAUGGUGUUCUGAAACUUAUUACAUGGUCAAGGGUGAGCUGAGCUUCUGAUGCUCCCAUUUCUACAUCUGAGAGACGGGGAUUAGAGGCUGUGCCACCACAGCCAGUAUUAGACUGUGCUGAGAUUCAGUUCAGGAACUCCUGGGUGUCAGGUUGUCACUUUACCAACCGAGCUACGUGCCCAGCCUAUAAUUCAAAUAUUUUAAAUGAAAACUUUUACAUUUGUGAUUUUUCAGACAUGAAAGUUGUUUUAAAUUUUAUUUUGUAAUUUUUGAAAUUUUUAUUUAUUUUUACCUAUAUGGGCAUUUUGUCAGAGUGUAUCUCUGUGUAUCAAAUGGUCACAGAGCCCUCAGAGGCCAUAAGAGGGCAUCUGAUACACCUGGGACUGGAAUUUCAGACAGCGGUGAACCACUGUGUAGGUCCUGAGACUUGAACCCUGGGGUUUUAGAAGAGCAAGCAGUGUUCUUUACCACCGAACGGUCUCUCCAUCUCCUAUUUCUAUUUUUUAAAUUAAUAUAUUCUUCUGUCAUGCAAUAUAUCAGGAUUUCAGCCUCCUGUCCUAUCAGUUGUCCCAUUCUCUCUCUCUCUCUCUCUCUCUCUCUCUCUCUCUCACACACACACACACACACACACACACACACACACACACACACACACAUAAAAUGCAACUCUUCUACCCCAGAUCCACUGCCCCUUCAUUUCCAUUCAGAAAAGAACAGGCCUCCCAGUUAUACCAACAAAACAUUGCUAUUUCUAUUCUUAAUUAAACCUAUGUGUGUAUCUGUGUACGUGAGUGAGAGGCCAGAGACAUAAUAUCCUAGAUCUAGAUUUACAGACUGUUGUUAGCUGUUUGAGGUGGUGGUGGAAAUUGAACCCAAUUCCUCUGGAAGUAUAGGGCUUGAUCUUAACUGAUAAACCACGCCCCCCAGAGCCCUGGUUUAUUUUGGGUGAUAGUGAUGUGUUUUUGUUUUGGCUUUAUUGAAUAUCUACUACAUUUUUAUUUGUUUUAUAGCCUGGUCCAACAUAAUUUUUUUAGCAAAGAAUUUAUUAUAGAUAGCUGUCCAUUCUAAAUUUUAUUUAAGGAAGGAUGUGACACUGGAUUCCUGGCUGGCCAGGAACUCAAGAUAUAGACCAGGCUGGCCUGCAACUGGCAGAGAUGUCUCUGCCUCCCAUGUACUGGGUAUCACCCUGGGAUGUCCAAUCUAUCGUGACAGGAAGCUGAGGUGAACUGUUUGGUGUCCUUGAGAGUCGUGACUGUGUGUGAACAGAGGUGACCCUGAGCUAGCUCUCAUGCAGCUGAGCACAGCCUCUCACAGUAUCUUAUGAUUUAAAGCUCAGGGUGUAGAGAAGGUGGGAACCUUCACUGCAGUGCAGAGCACCUCACCCUGUUGGUUCUGCAGUGUCCCCCAAGGACUCAGGCGGGAAAAGCCAAGCUGAGGAGGAGCCAGGAGUGCAGCCUCCCCAAGGACAGUGAGUUAGCCACAUGGUGCAGCUCAUCUCUGCCACCCUCAGGAUGUGGGGAGAGUGUUGUCUUAUCAGAUUAAGUAGAAAUUCUGUGGAAAGUAACACAGUAGGCUUACAUGAUUGCAGAAUAGAGUCUUCAUGGAUUCCCAAAAGACAGAAGGAAGGAAGGAAGGAAGGGAUGGGUAGCAGGGCAAAGAUGAGUGAUUAUUCCUUCUCACUCCUUUACCUGCAACCCAGGGGACACUUUAAAUCUCUGCCCUCAAGAAGCAGUGAAAACAAUAAACAUUCAUAAGAUACAACUCUAAUUAAGGCAGGCUGUGUUGGUUUCUUACCCUUCCUUUUCUCUAUGUGUGUUGGGGUACAUGACACCUAUGUGUUUGCAUGUGUGUGGGUACAUGCAUGUGGGAACCAGAGGACGGCCCUGCUCUCUUCCCUCAGGGACUGCCCACUAUCUCUGUGAAGAUAGGGUCUCUCCCAGGCCUGAGACACAGCAAGCGGGCUAUUCUGACUUUCUAGUGAAGCUCAAGGAUCUCACAAAUCCAUCUCUCUCCAACUCCAAGUUCCAGAAUUCCAAGUGCAUUCACCACACCGUUUUCUCCCCAGGGUUUGGGGAAUCGAACUCAGGUCUGUGUUUGCAAGCCAAGAACUCUACCCACUGAGCUAUCUCCUCCGUUUGUGUCUUCUAUUACUUUCACAAAUGCUUGAGCCUGCAAAGUUUAUAAAGUGAAUGUGUCUGAUGGCUGGAAAGUCAAAAUAUCAUGGCGAUGCUGUCUGGUUAGCGCUCUCCUGGAAGAGUCACAAUAUGGCAGAGAAGCCACUGCCAUGUGCAGAAGGGAGGACAUGGCAAGAGAGGAGCCCAGAGAGGUUGAGGCCGGCCUUGCUCCUGCAAGAAGUGAGUAGGAUCCCACAACACUUAAUUGAUCUCUACUGAGUGUGAUGCCCUCCAGAACUUGGUCACUUCCCAGUAGACUUCACCACUUAAAGGUUUUACUUCCUCCAUGUGGGCACACUGGGAACAUUGGAGGACAGCCAUACCCAAUCAUAGAACAUAGUGAAUACUACACGAUUAAGAGACUUCAUUCAGAGGUAGCGAGCCAACUGUGAGCCACAAGGUAAUCAAACAUGGACAGCAGUUUACAUAUCUGUGCAAAGUAAACUGCACGGCUAUCAGAGAUCUGCUACAAUACGUCCUGGCAACCUACAUGCUGCACAGCUCUGUGUGCUGCUGCACAGCUCUGUGUGUUGCUGCACAGCUCUGUGUGUUGCUGCACAGCUCUGUGUGUUACCAGGAUUGGUUGUAGCCCCUCACUGGUAGGGAACCCAAGCCCAUUGAUUCACAGAGUCCUGAUAUGCCAUUCUGGGAGCAGUGAGUGCAGGAGCCCAGACUUGACAUAGAGAUUGAGUAAUUAACCCAGCUUCUCCAUGAACAGACUGUUAAAUGAUUGUGUGUACUGUGCAUGUCUCUUUCAUUGUCUUAUUUUGCUUGCAGCCUUUUUUUUUUUUUGAACUUGACGAUGCCAUCAAAUAUUUGCAAGUUCUUCCUAACUUGGUGGUUAAUUCAGCAGGUGACUGGGCUGACAGGGCCUUUGAUGCUAGACACGGCUCCCAAUGCAUUUGAUGACCAGUAUGAGGGCUGUGUCAACAAAAUGGAGGAAAAGGCACCCCUGCUUUUACAGGAAGACUUUAAUAUGAAUGCGAAAUUAAAAGUUGCGUGGGAAGAGGCAAAGAAACGAUGGAACAACAUAAAACCUAGUAGGAGUUAUCCCAAAGGUUUCAAUGAUUUCCAUGGAACGGCUUUAGUUGCCUACACUGGGAGUAUCGCUGUAGAUUUUAACAGAGCUGUUAGGGAAUUCAAGGAAAAUCCUGGUCAAUUCCACUACAAGGCCUUCCAUUACUACUUAACAAGAGCUCUUCAGCUUUUGAGUAACGGGGAUUGUCAUUCAGUCUACCGAGGCACUAAGACCAGGUUUCACUAUACUGGAGCUGGCUCCGUGCGAUUCGGGCAGUUCACGUCUUCAUCUUUAUCUAAGAAAGUAGCUCAAUCUCAAGAGUUUUUCAGUGAUCAUGGGACGCUGUUCAUCAUCAAAACCUGCUUGGGGGUUUAUAUCAAAGAAUUCUCUUUCCGUCCUGACCAAGAGGAGGUGUUAAUUCCAGGCUAUGAGGUAUAUCAGAAAGUCAGGACACAAGGCUACAACGAAAUUUUCCUGGACUCCCCGAAGAGGAAGAAGAGCAACUACAAUUGCUUAUACAGCAGCGCAGGAGCCAGAGAGAGCUGUGUAUCCCUGUUCCUUGUGGUUCUCCCCAGUCUUCUGGUCCAGCUGCUUUGUCUUGCUGAGCCGUAGCCCUCUCCUGUCUGCAGUUUGUGGGUCUGAGUGUUAAAGGGAGGCCAAGGAGCAAGCACUCAAUUGGUUGUCUAAGAUCUGUGGUGGAGGGGAGGGUCGGAUCCUAUCAGGGAAAGUCUGCUCUAGCAUGCACGACUUCUGUAAGCAUCCAAGGAUCUGACUGGGUCAGCCAUUAAAAUUUACACCUAAACUUCAACUAUACUACCUUUUUACAGUUUGCUACGAUCGAAAAAAGCAGUGUUUGUCUACUCCGUCAGCAAUAAGAGAUUUACAUACAGUAUGCAUUUUGUGAUAAAUUUUGCAAUCUCAGGAAAUAAAAAUUUAUAAUCGUGGCUUGUUUUUCUCUAA